GUUUUGCCGGGCAUCAACACCUCUACUUGCACAUCAAGCAUCAUGUACAGCGUCAAAAAGCAGGAGGGCGUCAUCCCAAUCGUACUCGAUGCGGCCGCGCGCCCCAGCUCCAAGAUCUCCGAGUUCUUCGGGGACACCCUCAUAAACGAGCCAACCCCGAGUCCCGAGCGACGAAAGAUCUUGCGCAAGCGACACCGGCGCCCACAUCACGCAACCGCCGAGCCGUUCACGGCGCCUCAGCGGAAGGACUUGCGUCCCCGCAGCCCAUCCAACAUUCUCAUCCAAAGCUGCGGUCUAUUACGAUUCACAUGGCCCACAUCCCUCGGUCUCCUCUCCCUCAUCCUCUUCCUCCUCCCGCCCCCUUACCGCUUCCACGGCCUGACCACCCUCACCACCGCCCUCUUCAUCACCGACGUUGUUCUUUUCAUUCUUUUUGCGCUGCUCAUGCUCUGCUGCUCCUUGGUUCAUUCCAAGUGCUGUACUAGACCGCGCCAGCUAUGCCAUGAAUUAACUUCUAAUGCCGCAAAACUGGGGUCACUCGCUUAUUGGCCGAUGGCGUGGCUUACGUUGGUGGCUUUUGCUGUGUUUCUUGCUGGGUAUGGUGAUGACCGGCUUCAGGCUGAGCAUUGGAGUGGAAAGGGGAAUGCUGAUGGAGGAGGGGAAAAAGAGCUGAGGAAACGUGUGUUGACGAUGAUUGCUUAUGUGAUGUGGUGGGUUGGGGUGGUGUGGAUGACGGGGACGAUGGUGUUUGUGAUGGGGGUUUUAAUGGGGUUGGUGGGAGGGCAGAGUGAGCGGUGGGUGUUGAGGAAGGGACUUGAUGGUGGAAGAGAGGAAGCAGAUGAGGUGAGGGUGGCGUUGCCGGGAUGUAUGCUGACUUCUGCUUUUGGGAUGGGGUUGUUGGCGUUAGUGGGAGGACUGUUGGUGUCGGUGUUGGUGAGGUUGGGAACGUUAUCAGUGGGCAUGGCGACUCCGGUGCUGGUGUUGUCGUUGUGUGUAGAAGGAGUGGCGCUCUUCACGACGCUAUUCCUGUUUGCGGUGCUGCAGCAGGAAAUGGUACAGGUGGAAGGAUGGGCGUCCGUUCACUUGAUCAAGAUUUCCUUGUGGAUGAUGGGGUCGGCGAGUGUUUGUGCCGCGGCGGUACAGAUGCUCGGAAGAGCAGUGGAGGACGUCAGUGCUAUUCUCGGUGACGACGACACCCAAAGAAGUUCAAGUGGUAACCUGUUCGACACGCCUGCUACGGCGCAGGUUGCUCACGUGGUAUGCACCCUCUUGGCCUUGCUCCUCCUCGGCUUGGCCGCUCUCUGGCUUAUUGUCUCUCUUGUGGCAUUCGUGAGCUUUGCCAUCCACAGAAGACUGUCAUGGAAGGGGCAAUGCAGCGAUACUGUCAUCCCGGUGGCGGCGUUGGCGCUUUCCACGGUGCAGUUCAAGUCAGAGUUGAACUCAUCCUUCUUUGGCAUUGUCACUUGCGUGUUGGUGAUGGCCGCAGCUGCUUCUCUUCUCGUCAAUCUUGUCCUGUGCAUGAAGCAGUUGGUGAGUACAACGUUCAUGGCUUCGCUCGAACAGGAGUAGCGAGUGAGAUGGCGAGAAAUCCACCAGCGGAAGGAAGAGGAUCGGGAGGUGAGAUCCGCCGGGCCAUGGUUCUUUCUAACUUCGAUCCUUGAGGAUUGGGGCCAACAGACAAUGAAGCGAGACAUUCUGCCAUCUUUUUGGCAAUCUCAAAGUGUUUUGAUGAUAAAAUGCGCGACGGGUGUUAUGCUCCGAAAAGCUGUGACAAAUCACUCCACAGCAUAUAGGGGAAGCUCUAGGCUUCCACUUUUGCACCUUGCCUAUCUCUUCCGAAAUGCCCGACGCCGGUCACGAACUCCGUCAAUCAGCGCCUUUUCUCUCUUAGCGCCGUAUUCCUUCCGCUCGUCUGUCGGCUGUUGCACCACUCACGGUCCACCGUUCUCGACUCCGCCUCGACAAUGGGGCACAUAUCAUGAUAAGCGAACUUUGCGACAUCCACCGUCCGACUUCUUGGGAUGAGAUCUUUUACCAACGGUG